ACUUUUCUGACUCAACCUGGAAGUAAAAUGAACCGAAUUGCGCAGCUAAAUAAAAUAACAUUAAAACGAAACUGUUCUUUGUCAAGUUACGCUAGUGAAAUAUGAAGAGAGUCUUUUUAAUUUUAAUAUUUCUUGGAUUUGGUAUUAUUCUUUCAACACAAAAAGCGAGAUUUCAUGCAGAAUUUACACAACAGAAAUGUUUUAUUGACGUAAUUGAAAACUUAAUAAACAUAGAUUACUGCUCGGAAUUGGAUGUUGAUGAUAAUACGGUCAGGCACCAGGGAGUGUGCACAGCAGGAGGUGGCGAAGUUGUGUAUACCUGUCAACAUGGUUAUUGGUCGGGAACUGAUAGCUCUGUCGCAUCGUUGCAUAGAAAGAAGCGCUUCCUUGGAAGACUUUUUCGAGCUGUAUCUUGCUUCUUCUUCUGUACAAGUGGUGGUGGAGGUGGUGGAACUACAAUCAAGUACCCGCCUUCUUUUCCUGAUCCAUGCAAACCAAACGAUAUCCAAAGUAAUUACAAUAUUGAUGCCGGAGAUGACAGUGUUGUCGUUAGAUGGACCGUGCCAAAAGCCUCGGAUAGAGACGGAGGCACUCCGAGUGUUACACAAGUUGGUGGUGGUAGAAAUGGAGGGCGAUUUGAUGGCGCUACUUAUGGAAAGACUCAUUAUAUAACUUAUAGAGCCACAGAUUCAGACGGCCUUACUGGGCAUUGUUUCUUUUCCUUCACGGUCACUGAAUUAACCUGUAAAUCCCUGGCAUGGCCUCCUAAUGGUGCCCUAACGUGUGAAAACAAGAACAUUCUUGGGAGCUCAUGUCAUUACACAUGCAACACUGGGUACCAGCUGAUCGGAAGUAGUAUAGUGACGUGUGAAAACGCAGCGUCGCCAUCUUGGUCAGCAAUUCCAGCUUGUAAAAAAAUCACGUGUAUGGAGCCAAGUUUUCCUGAGCAUACAACGGCACAGUGUUCGGAUCCAGAGUACGGCUACCGGUCUGUAUGUUCGAUGACAUGUGACAUCGGGUACACCCUUAAAGGAGUCUACUUUAUGCAGUGUCGGGCAGACGGAACAUGGUCAAAUGUUGGAGUCACAUCAUGCGUCGAUGACUCGCCGCCGACUAUUUCGUGUGUAACUCCACAGAAUUUUUAUGCUGACCGAGGUGUGACGUCAACAUCAGUUAACUGGCAACUUCCUACAGCUUCUGACGUAACGGACGACAAUCCUACCAUUGUACAAACGUUUGGACCAACAAUGGGAGCAGUUCUAGAAGUGGGAACUGAAAUUGUAAAAUAUAAGGCCGUUGACAUUGAUGGCGCUGAAUCUCAAGAAUGCUUUAUCGAACUUCGUAUUAAAGAAAUAAUCUGCCACCAUCCAUUAGAUAGUUUUACUGACGAUUACAUGAGAGUCAAUUGUUCAACACCGAGCACCGGAUAUGCUUAUGGUACAUCGUGUCAGCUGUCAUGCACCGCGUACUUGCCACUAGAGGGCGCUAAUCUGAUCACGUGUGAGGACAAUGGCCACUCAGAAGGCGUUUGGUCCUGGGAAUCUGGUGACAAGCCUUAUUGCAGGGAAAUCGCUUGUCCUGAACUUCAGCCACCAAUCAAUGGGGCUCUGGUGCAUGACACAGUUUUGACAAGACCGUUUCGCACUAUGCUUUGCAAUGAUCAAUUUGAUAUACCAGAUAUGGGCAACAGUUUUAAUGGCCAGUUUUUCUGCACAGACGAUGGUGACUGGACCCCAUUUUCGUUAGUGCCAGAUUGUAUAGGUAUGGUAUAUCAGGAUUAUUAGGUCCCUCAUACUCCACGGUUAAAGAAAGUGAUAAUAACACUGUGCUUCUAUCGUCUUACCCUCGGCUGAUAACUUCUACCUUUGGUCAU